AUGUCCUCGUCCACUAAAACCGCAUGCAAAUACCUCGUUCUAGAUGCUGGACCUCUCUUGUCUUUGUCGCCACUUCGCGGGCUGGCUGAGACCUAUGUGACUGUACCGCAAGUGCUGGAUGAGUUGAAGGACAAGCGUGCGCGCGAGCACUUUGAGCAACUUGCGCUCACGGCCGGUGUCAACGUGAAGGUCAUAUCUCCUGACGCCGCGGCCCUUGCACAUGUGAUACAGUUUGCGAAGAAGACUGGAGACUACGCCGUUCUCUCGCAUCCCGAUCUGGCCAUCCUGGCUCUCACGCACGCUCUCAAUGUACAAGCGAAGGAAGAGAAACCUGACGGGGAUGCUGAGGGGCCCAAGGCAGAGCCUGAGGUCGAAGCACUGGCGACAGAUACCGUAGAAGAGCAUGAAGAGGAACCUCCACUGUUCGAGGAUGAAGACGCAGCCCAUGAGACUAGUUCAGUGCCGGCUGAGGACGCACCCGAAGAUCUUGAGGAUCGUGAACCUCUGAACGUCGAGUUACAACCACUGCCCAAAGACGACGAUGCGUCUUCGGACCCGAUCGCGGGACCCAGUACACAGCCCGUCGAUCACUCCGCGGAUGACGAGGCGCCUAUCUUCGAGGACCCUUCCGACGAGGACGAUGGCGAGGGAGAAUGGAUCACACCGUCGAACGUUUCCCUACACAAGUCCAAAGCGAUGGGCCUCACUUUAUCCGACGCGGACAGCAAGAAGCAUGUGGUGCCUGAGACCUUACCGGUUGCAUGUAUGACUACGGAUUUCGCGAUGCAGAAUGUGCUGCUACAGAUGGGUCUGAAUCUUGUUGGCGUUGAGGGGAGGCGUAUCGACAAGGUUAAAACGUGGGUUCUCCGGUGUCAUGCCUGCUUCAAAAUCUGUAAGGAUAACUCUAAGAAGUUCUGCCCGGCUUGCGGCAAUCCUUCUCUUUUGAGGACGUCUGUGACAGUGUCCUCUCCCGACGCCAAGUCUGGAGGUGCACCUGCGCUGCAAGUACAUCUCAAGAAGAACUUCCAGUACCGCACUCGUGGUACAAUUUACUCGAUCCCUGCGCCCAAGCCGGGAAGCGCGAAGACGGGUUCGGGUGAUGGGAUCAUCUUGCGAGAGGAUCAAGCGGAAUACCAGCGCGCGGUUAAGAAGGCCGAGGCCAAGCGGGAGAGAGACGAAAGAAAGAUGUUUGCGAGUGGUGGAGGUGCAGGAGCAGCGGGCAGUUGGAUGGACCCCGACUGGGUACCCGAUAUCCUCACCGCCGGGACGAGUGGGAAGGGAAGGAAACCUCGAGACGAUAUGCCUGUCGUCGGAUAUGGACGACGGAACCCGAAUGAGAGGAAGCACCACAAAAAGUAG